AUGGAACAGAUUGCUGCCCAGAUCAACGAGCUUUUAGAAUUCCCCAUUGACUUCGAAGGCCAGAAGAAAGUCGACCGUAUUGUAUUUUUCUUCGUUCCCGCCGCAGCAAUUCUUUCCGUGUUGGCUGGAUUUAUAACUCAGAACUUGUUGCUGUUACUUGUCACUUUUGGCUUGACUGUUUUCGUUACUUUGGUACUCGUGUUACCUCCCUGGGCCCAAUAUAGACAGAACCCCGUGCACUCUGAUUUGUUUUUGGGUUUCGAUUUGUCCACCCAGCAGCUUAAGGUGAUUGUCACUGACGCCGCCUUGAACGCUCAGAAGACGUAUGCUGUGGGGUUUGACGACCACUUCAAGGAAAAGUAUGGCAUCGAAAAGGGUGUUCUUACGGAUGACACCGCUGGUGAGAUCUUGUCGCCUGUGAAGAUGUGGCUCGAGGCGGUGGAUACCGUGUUCACGAUUAUGAAGAAGGAUAACUUUCCAUUCGAGAAUGUGAAAGGCAUGAGUGGCUCAGGUAUGCAACAUGGGUCCGUGUAUUGGUCCGAAGAUGCCACGAAGUUGCUUGAGAACCUAGGCAAUGCUUCCUCGUUAGUCGAAGGCUUGGAAGGAGCUUUGACAAUGGAGACUUCUCCCAACUGGCAAGAUCAUUCUACCGGCCAGGAAAUCAAAGAUUUUGAGAAGGUUGCACAUGGUCCUGACCAUCUUGCCGAGAGAACAGGCUCUAGGGCUCACUAUAGAUUCACAGGCUUACAGAUCCGUAAGUUGGCGGUUAGAAAAGCUCCUGACGCGUACAAGAAAACGAGUCGUAUCUCUUUGGUGUCCAGCUUUUUGGCCUCUGUUCUUUUGGGAAAGAUAGCAUCUAUUGAACACGCUGAUGCUUGCGGUAUGAACAUCUUCAACAUCAAGGAGAACAAAUACGACGAGGAAUUGACCGCUGUUGCUGCAGGUGUUCACCCAGAGUUGGAUAGCGUUUCCAAAGAUGAGUCGGCUAAAGGAGUGGAAGAGCUUGAAAAGAAGUUGGGUCCCAUUGACGAUAUAACAUACGAGGCAUUGGGCACCAUCUCACCAUACUUCACCAACAAGUACGGUUUCAGCAAAGACGCCAGAGUUUACUCAUUUACUGGCGACAAUUUGGCUACAAUCAUUUCGUUACCAGUCGAGCAGAAUGACGUCUUGGUGUCUCUUGGCACAUCAACAACAGUGCUUCUAGUGACCGAGCUGUUCAAUCCCUCGUCGCAAUACCACUUGUUCAAACACCCUACCAUGAAGAAUGCCUACAUGGGUAUGAUUUGUUACUGCAAUGGCGCCUUGGCGAGAGAGAAUGUCCGAAACGAUGUUAACAAGAAAUACGAUCUUGAGAAAGAGUCCUGGGACAAAUUUGAUGAGAUCCUCGAUGCCUCUGAGGACUUCGAUAACAAGCUUGGUAUCUACUUCCCCUUAGGCGAGAUUGUUCCAAAUGCUUCAGCUCAGUUUAAGCGUAGUGAGCUCCUCUCCAAUGGCGAGGUAAAAGACGUCAAGGAGUUUGACUGCGAAGAGGAUGUGACGUCUAUCGUUGAAUCUCAAACAAUUUCUUGCCGUUUGAGAGCCGGACCAAUGUUGAGUGGAUCCGCGACUUCCACCGACACUCCUGAAACUGAGGAUGAAACUUUGAAAAAGCUCUACCAUAAGUUACAUAGUGACUUUGGAGACAUCUAUACUGAUGGCAAGAAGCAGACCUUUGAGUCGCUUACUGCGAAGCCACACAAGCUUUUCUUUGUUGGUGGUGCUUCCAGGAAUACCAGUAUAGUCCGCAAGAUGGCUUCGAUCAUGGGAUCUACAGCUGGCAAUUUCCAAGUGGAAAUUCCUAACGCUUGUGCCCUUGGAGGAGCUUACAAAGCUAGUUGGAGUAACGCCUGCGAGCACCAAAACGAGUGGUUGGACUACAACGAGUAUAUCAAAAAGCACUACGAUUUCAAGGAGGUCAACAUCUUGGACAUCAAGAGCAAAUGGGAGAAUUAUUUCCCUGCAAUGGGCCUUUUGGCUAAAAUGGAGCUGAAUCUCAAGCACGACUAA